AUGACGACAUAUGGGACACGUUCCCUUGCUUCGCAGCCAAGGUCCAACACACUCGAGGUCAAAUUGGUGACCGCCUGGGCACGGCAGCUCAACCACAAGACAGUAUUCAUCUUCCAGGUAGGGAAUCCUGCAGAUAGCACAGUCGUCGUCUUCCUUGAGGGUCUUGCGAUUCACACGAUCGACCGAGUCGAGAAAUUCUUGCGAAACGCCUGCCAGUCGAGUCGGAGGAUCGUUGAUGUCGCCCUCGAGGUUAACGAUAAGGGAUUGGAGAAAAUCGCGAUUGUCGUCUGUCGGGGCGGUCAUUUGAAGCUGAUGCAGUUGUUCCUGGAGAAGUCGGAAGAGAGCGGCUGUGUCUACGGGAGUAGGUGUCGCGUGAGGGUUGUGAUGAGGGGUCUGGGUGCCUGA